AUGCCGUCAUAUACGAUGCUCAAUGUUAAAAUGCAACGAGAAUCCAAUAGUACACCAUGGGGAUUUCGAAUGCAAGGUGGAAAAGAUUUUGCUUGUCCAUUACAAAUUCAAAAAGUUAAUCCAAGUAGUUUAGCUGAACGUUGUGGUAUGCAAGCUAAUGAUUAUAUUAUUAAAAUUGGACAAACAUCAACUGAACAUCUUAAACAUCCUGAUGCACAAGAAUUAAUAAAACAACAAAAUAAUAUACUUGAAUUAACAUUACAACGAGGUGCACCACCUGAUACUAAUGAUUAUAACAGUCGUGUGGAUUUUCCACCUCAUCAGUUAAUGCAAUCUACACAAAAUAAUUUUUCACCACAAUCUCAAUAUGGACCACCAUCACCACAAUCACCUGUUCCACAGGUUGCUAUGCCAGUAUCAAACAAUCGUGCUAUAUUAAGUCAAGGACAUAAUACACCAAUUGGUCUUUAUUCAGCUGACAAUGUAACUGAAACAAUAGCACGUACUCUUAAAAGUGACAUCGAAGAUCUUCAACAAAAAUAUUUAACUAUGGAUUUACAAACGAAUAAUAAAGGUGGAGUACGACAAGGACCUGCAUUUCGGGCCCUUGUUCGAGGACUUGAUGAAGCAAAUGGAGAUACCACUGAUCAUUCAUCAUCUAAAUCAAAGUAA